CAGUUACCAACUUCGCCGACACCGGGACCACGUGACUCAGGUCCUCCUCAUUUUAAAAAGAGCUGCUACCCUGCAAUUCCCCCCAGAGCUUCAAAGAGGUGGCAAAUGCUUCUCCUGUGCCAGUUGACCGGCUUUCGCACCUUUUGCACCUUAUGUGUCAGAGAGUAGAAAUAUACAAGACAAAACCGUGAAACCGCAACGACAAAAUAAGUGACUUUGCCAAUCUGUUGAUGGUGCGCUGGACCGAGUCCUUUGAGUUUUGAUACAUUUGCGUGCAUCCUGCAAAGCAGCUCACUCGGUAUCCUCCGUCUUUUUGAUGUGCUGGCCAAGGAUGGCACUGGAGCAUAGGAGCGCAUUUCGCGCCUCAGUUUUACUGGCUUGUGUGAUAAUCUGCAGUAACGUGCUAUGUCCCGUCGGUGCCUAUCUCUACAACAACCGCUACGCAGGUGAUCAAGUCUUCAGGAUAACUCCAGGUAAUGAUGAGGAGGUUCGUGUGCUCAAGAAAGUUCUGGGACAAAUGAAGGUGGACUUUUGGCAGCCCAACAGUGCUUCUCUGAUCUGUCACAAUGCAACUGUGGAUGUACAUGUGAAACGCAAUGAUACACAAGGCCUACAUGCGCGCUUAAAGCAGGAACAUAUCAACUAUCGUGUGUUCAUCUCCAAUCUGCAGAAGGAAAUUGAAAAGCAGACGGGAUAUCGCUCCUCUCGCAAGCGGAGGUCACAGUCUCAGUAUGACUACGAGGUUUACCACUCUCUGGAAGAGAUCCAGUGGUGGAUGUUUGAGAUGAACAGAACCCACCCUGACCUGGUUGACAUGUUCUCCAUCGGGAAGUCGUAUGAAGGAAGACCGCUUUAUGUGCUUCAGCUAGGAAAGAGAAGUCGUCCCCAGAAGAAAGCUGUGUGGAUCGACUGUGGGGUUCAUGCCAGAGAGUGGAUAGGACCCGCUUUCUGCCAGUGGUUUGUCAAAGAGGCCCUCAACUCAUAUCAGUAUGACUCUGUGAUGAGACGACUGCUCAACCAGCUCAAUUUCUACAUCAUGCCUGUCUUCAAUGUGGACGGAUACCAUUUCAGCUGGACCACGGAUCGUUUCUGGAGGAAAACUCGGUCCAAAAAUCACAAGUUCCACUGCCGAGGAGUGGACGCUAAUAGAAACUGGAAAGUGAAAUGGUGUGAUGAGGGUGCCUCCUUUCAUCCCUGUGAUGACACCUACUGUGGCCCCUUCCCCGAGUCUGAACCUGAGGUCAAGGCCGUCGCCAAGUUCCUGCGCAAGCACAAGAAGCGCGUCAAAGCCUACAUAUCCAUCCAUGCAUACGCCCAAAUGCUGCUCUACCCAUAUUCCUACAAGUAUGCAACCAUCCCCAACUUCAGCUGCGUGGAGUCAGCAGCUCAUAAUGCAGUGACAGCUCUUUACUCUGCCUAUGGAGUGAGAUACAGAUAUGGACCUGCUUCCACAACUCUGUAUGUUAGCUCAGGCAGUUCUAUUGACUGGGCCUACAGAAACGGUAUCCAGUAUGCGUUUGCAUUUGAGUUGAGGGAUACAGGAUAUUUUGGCUUCCUGCUGCCUGAAUCCCUGAUCAACCCGACCUGCACUGAGACCAUGAGGGCGGUGAAGGCCAUUGCAUCAGGACUGCUGAAGAAGUGUGAGACAGACAGGGAGAGAUUUCCAUAUAUAUGACCGCACUAUACUGUAGCUCCCCAAAGCUUUACCCUCACAGCUUCUUAUCUCGGCACCUCAUAUUCCUCCUAGAUAUUAUCAGGUGAUGAUCUGGAAAGGACGAGAAAAGCAUUUUAUUUGUUUUUCUUGUUUCUUGAGGUCGUUCGCCUCCCCUCCCCCCCCUUUUCUGAAAAGAUAUGAACUGACAGUGGUGAGUUUCUUGUACCAAAAAACAUUCUACAAGAGAUCAGUCUGUUUACAUUUAAUAACAUCAAAUGUACAGUGUCAGAGAGCCUCCUGGUGGAUCAGUGGAUCUAAUGACCAGCUCAAAACUGGCCCAGGACCUUUUUAGCAUCAUGCCCCCCCCCCACCCCCCACCCCAAUUCUGUGUUGCUCUCCACUAACAAAACAAAUAAGCUUUUUAUAGUGAAUGGUGAUCAUGUAAGCACUUGUCAUGAUACAGCAGCACUUUUUGAUGAAAUAAUCGUCAAAGAUUUGAAUGUCUUCCAAAAAUGUAUUUUGCUAAACAAACUGUUUUAAUGAAUAUAACAGUGCUCAUUCGUUAUUCUGUUUUUUCACUACUGUAGGCUUUUUUGGAUUACUCUUACCAAG